GCCCUGAUGCAGCGAUGCAGAGAACGCUCCAACCCCAUAGUAUGCAUGAAAGAAUAUGGCCAAUGGACGUGGAUACACAACUAAUUCCAUCUGAUACAAUAUCCAGCUUUCUGCAAGGAAUUGAUACCACUCAUACUGUGCACAGCUUGCCUCCAUCCUGAACCCAAAGAGAGAGAUCAACUACUACACAUACUAUUCAACUUGAUCAAAAGGCCAGAUGAUGAGCAAAGGCAGAUGAUUCUAACUGGCUGUGUAGCAUUUGCUCGGCAUGUUGGACCAACACGUGUUGAAGCAGAGCUCUUGCCACAAUGUUGGGAGCAGAUCAAUCACAAAUACCCAGAGAGGCGGCUGUUAGUGGCAGAAUCCUGUGGAGCAUUAGCACCUUAUUUACCUAAAGAGAUUCGUAGUUCAUUGGUACUUUCCAUGCUACAGCAAAUGCUGAUGGAAGAUAAGGCAGAUUUGGUGCGAGAAGCUGUAAUCAGAAGCCUUGGUAUCAUAAUGGGGUACAUUGAUGAUCCUGACAAAUACCAACAGGGGUUUGAACUACUGCUUUCAGCUUUGGCUGAUCCCUCAGAACGAGUCGUUGGUGCAACUCAUCAGGUGUUUUUACCUGCCUAUGCUGCCUGGACUACAGAACUAGGAAAUUUACAGUCACAUCUUAUACCUACAUUGCUUAAUAAAAUUGAAAAACUACUCAGGGAAGGCGAGCAUGGGCUGGAUGAACAUAAGCUCCAUAUGUAUCUUUCUGCAUUACAGUCCUUGAUCCCUUCUCUGUUUGCAUUGGUGCUGCAAAAUGCACCAUUCACAAGUAAAGCUAAGCUUCAGGGUGAAGUCCCACCCAUAGAAGUGACCAGAUUCCCAAGGCCUGUGUCGCCUCUUCAAGAUGUAGCCACUAUAAUUGGAAGUCGUGAACAACUAGCUGUGCUAUUACAGCUAUAUGAUUACCAGCUGGAACAUGAGGGUACCACCGGCUGGGAUACCUUACUAUGGGUUGUUAAUCAACUGUUGCCACAGCUCAUAGAAAUAGUUGGCAAAAUCAAUGUAGCCUCAACAGCUUGUGUACAUGAAUUUUCAAGGUUUUUCUGGCGACUUUGUAGAACAUUUGGAAAAGUCUUCACAAAUACAAAGGUAAAGCCACAAUUCCAGGAAAUCUUAAGGCUUUCUGAAGAAAACAUUGAUGCUGCGGCAGGGAAUGGGGUGCUAACAAAAGCCACAGUUCCUAUCUAUGCAACAGGUGUACUUACAUGCUAUAUCCAGGAAGAAGACCGCAAGCUGUUGGUUGGAUUUUUAGAAGAUGUAAUGACAAUGCUUUCAUUAUCCUAUGCUCCCCUUGACAGCCUGAAAGCAUCUUUUGUGGAACUGGGUGCAAAUCCAGCAUAUCACGAGUUGCUGCUAACCGUAUUAUGGUAUGGAGUUGUCCAUACUUCAGCACUUGUUCGAUGUACAGCUGCUAGAAUGUUUGAGCUGUUGGUGAAGGGGGUACAUGAAACUCUGGUAGCUCAGAGAGUUGUUCCUGCUCUCAUUACUCUCUCCAGUGACCCUGAAAUUUCUGUAAGAAUAGCCACAAUUCCUGCUUUUGGCACCAUUAUGGAGACAGUGACUCAAAGAGAGCUCUUGGAAAGAGUUAAAAUGCAGUUGGCGUCUUUUCUGGAUGAUCCCCAAUACCAAGAUCAACAUUCUUUACAUACAGAAAUCAUAAAAACCUUUGGAAGAGUUGGACCAAAUGCCGAGCCACGAUUUAGAGAUGAAUUUGUUAUUCCACAUUUGCAUAAACUUGCAUUGGUCAAUAACCAGCAGUCUACAGAUUCGAAAAGAUUGGACAUUGCUACUCAUCUCUUUGAAGCCUAUAGUGCACUCUCCUGUUGUUUUAUUUCUGAAGAUUUAAUGAUCAAUCACUUUUUACCAGGACUCAGGUGUUUACGGAGUGACAUGGAAACUCUCUCACCAGAGCAUGAGGUGAUUUUGAGCUCCAUGAUAAAGGAGUGUGAACAAAAAGUUGAAAAUAGGAGUGUCCAAGAACCACAAGGCUCUAUGUCAAUUGCAGCAAGUCUUGUGAGUGAAGACACAAAGACCAAGUUUCUGAACAAAAUGGGCCAGUUGACCACCUCAGGAGCCAUGCUGGCUAAUGUAUUCCAGAGAAAGAAAUGAACGGGAAAAGGAAGCCCUUGUAAACACUGAAAGACCUCAUUAAGACUCAUUCCUUGUACUUGAAGUACUUGCCUUUUUAUUUCCCCAUCUUAUGUUCUGGUAGUAUAAUUUUCUCUGAUCUACAAAGAUAUUUGCACUGCUCUUGAAUAUUGCUACGUAUCUGUUAACUUUGGGUUAAAUGUGGUUGAUUAUAAAACUAAAUUAAGUCUGUAUUAAGUCCCUGUCCUGUGUUCAUGUAUUUCCAGCAUACUUUUUUUAUAUAUAUAGUGAAGAUUUUUUAUUUCCUGAUGGAUUCUCAGCUGAUAUCUGUAUUAUAAAUGAAGCUGUUACGAUGGUACUUAAAAUAAUGUAAAUUUGAAGUCACAGUCAUGAAGUAAUAAAGUGGAGAAUACUUAUGUA